AUGCAGAAAGUUCUUCGUGUUGAACUAUCUAAACAGACGUUCUAUCUAUCUAUCUAUCUAUCUAUCUAUCUAUCUAUCUAUCUAUCUAAGUCUGUUCCUAUCUAUCUAUCAAUGUCUAUUCAGAUCUAUCUAUCUAUUUAUGUCUGUUCAGAUCUAUCUAUCUAUCUAUCUAUCUAUCUAUCUAUCUAUCUAUCUAAGCUAUUCUCUUCAUUUUCUGUCUACCUAUCUAUCUAUGUCUAUUCUAUUCAUCCAUUCAUCUAUCUAUCUAUCUAUCUAUCUAUCUAUCUAUCUAUUUCAGUCUGUCCCUAUCUAUCUAUCUAUCUAUUUAUCUAUGUCUAUUCAGAUCUAUCUCUCUAUCUAUCUAUCUAUGUAUGUUCAGAUCUAUCUAUCUAUCUAUCUAUCUAUCUAUCUAUCUAUCUAUCUAUCUAUCUAAGCUAUUCUCUUCAUUUCCUAUCUACCUAUCUAUGUCUAUUCAGAUCUAUCUAUCUAUCUAUCUAUCUAUCUAUCUAUCUAUCUAUCUAUUUCAGUCUGUCCCUAUCUAUCUAUCUAUCUAUCUAUCUAUGUCUAUUCAGAUGUAUCUAUCUAUCUAUCUAUCUAUCUAUCUAUCUAUCUAUCUAUCUAUCUAUCUAUCUGAAGCUUCGUUGA